AACUGUUUGAAAAAGUCAAUUUUUAUGGCGAAAACACCAUAAUAUUUGAUAUUUCGAUGUAUCAGAAGGUUGAAAGAUGGACGAUUUAGAACUGAUACAGCGAUUCUAUGACGAAUUCUUUGGACACAAUUCAACGAUAUCAAGACAUUCACAUGAAAUUGAACUACCUAGAGUAACGUCUGAUGAUGAAAAUGAUGACAAUCAAGUGGCAUCAGAAAAUGUAAAUGAUCAUGUUAUCUCGGAACAUGAUGAUGACAUACCAAUAGUAGAAUCAUGCGACACAUUAGCGACUGGCUGCGAUUGUACUUCUAUGUGCAUGGACUCUAUUGACCGUGAAGCUGCCCAAGCCCAUAUUGACAAUAUAAGGCAGUAUACAAAGGAAGAAAAGGACUUAUAUAUAAUGGGAGCAUUAAACCGGAUUAAUUCAGAUAAAUAA